GACCCAUCACUGGGAUGGGUUGGUGAUUGGACUAGAUGAGCUUAAUUGGUUUUCCAACCAUAAUGAUACUAUGAUGACCAGUAAUAAGAGGAUCUCAUCAUCAGUGCCCCUGCAAAAUGAGGUUUGCCCAGCUGUUGGAGGUUGCCUCAUUACCAGCACUCCCUGGCUGCCCACCACCUGUGUGCUCAUUGUGGAGCUGUGCACCUGAAGACUGAAAGCUUCAAGUUUUAGUUGGACAGUAGUUGCUUGAAGUGCAUCUAUAGCAAGUUGAACAAGGAAGGAGAAGAACAAACAAAACCCCCCAAAACAACCCACAAACACAUAUAUUCCACUAUGUAAGUAGUGGUUCAGCGAAAGAAUGCUCCCAUUUGGGAUGUCACCAGCUUGCUGGCAUUCCUUAUCAAAAUGUAGUUGCUGUAAAAAUUAAGUAACGCCUAAUAUUUUAAACUCCAAACACAGCUUAAAUAACAAUUUCCUGCAGCAUUCCUUUAACAUGCAUAUACAGCACAUGUGAGUGAUCCCAGGGAAUUCAGGUGUUUGCAGAAUUAACCCAUUCUGUAACUGCAUGUUAUGUGUAUAAUUAGACUCAUGAUGAGAAAUACGUGGGUUGAAAACAUAUUAGGAACUUACAAACAGAAGGAAAAAAACAAUCUGAAUACUCAUUUCCAAACACAUUCAAUCAGAUGUGAGCACAUAAGUACAAUAUCCAGAUGGCUUGGAUGAUAUCAGCAGAAAACAGUCAACCUUAGAUUCUUUGGACACACUUAACAGGGGAAAGACAGAGAAAGAAGGUUGCUUUAGGAGCUCGCACACAGCUGGCUAAGACUGUGUAUUAAAGCUGUACGUCCCACCCGCAGCCAUGCCCCGGUACCUGCGGCAGCUUGGGGUCGUUGAUAUCCCAGAAAGAAAAACAGUGAAGGACGGAGUAGAGAGAUAAGCAGCAGCAUGGCAGCCCAUGCAGAAGACUAUCUCGAAUCGCUGCUCAUUGAUGCCUUUAAGGGGAAGGGGUACCAGAAGAUAAGCGACUUGCUACAAGAGAGAGAAACAGACACACUGCAAAAGUACAGCAACUCUCUCCUUAGCCAGCUCGACAAAGCACUGAGAAGGGAGCUGGACAGGAAUGACUUCCACAACGUGUCCCUUCUGCUGAAGUGUAUCCAGCUCUACUUCAAGAGUGAUCUCCAACAGGGGACGAGCUUGUUCAUUGAGCAAGGACUUGUAGAAAAGAUGGUAUCUUGGUUUGAAAGAGCAAGAACGUUUGUGAUCCUCAUCGACCCAACUGAAAAUAAUUUUUUGAUGGUACUUCUGGAAGACUUCUUUGACUCUGCAUUGGUGAUUUGCAAGUGCAGUAAUGAAGGGAAGAAGCAGUUGGUGAACUUGUUUCUGCCUGAGCUAGGGCGUCUGGUGACAGAAGCAAGCAUUUGCUGUGCCCUGCGGCAGGAGGCUUUGAGGACUCUCAACUCUAUACUUGAUAGCAUCCCACGUGAGGGCAGAAAGAAGCUCCCGCUGUCAGAGGAGGUGUGUUUCCUUACGAAGGAUCUUGCAAAAACAAUGCUGGAGGCUGGUGAUUAUGACCUUCAGGUUGCCCUUUCAGAAGCACUUUGUAGGCUAACGAUAAAAAAAUGGAGAGAUGACCUUGUUAACCACUGGUUUGAAGAUAAAUAUCUUGCUGAAGCUUUCAAAGAGAUCAAGGAUAAAGAAUUUGAGACGGACUGCAGGAAAUUUCUUAACCAGUUAAAUGAAAGGCUUGGGGAUAAAAGAAGAGUCUAUUCAUUUCCUUGCCUGUCUGCUUUUGCUGACGUGAGCCAGGUGAAGAAGCCAUCAGAUGAGAAGCUGGACAAGUUCUGGAUUGACUUCAAUACUGGCAGUCACAGUGUGACUUUUUACAUAGACAGUACUGAGGGUAUUCUCUGGGACUCUGUAAGGCUGCAGAAAGAAGCAGUCAGCUGUUACAGUCUGAAGGAGGCUGGUGGAGAAAAGAUAGUCAAAAUUUACAUGAAGAUACCUGCUACUCUUAACAAAACAGAAGCAACAAAAAUCAAGUUACAUUUCAGUGCUGAGUAUGAAAUCUUUAGUAUACUUAAAAAAGUCCUUGGAGAUGAAAAAAUGAUGACAAACGUGGAUGAAGAGGAGCCCAUCCACAAUGAGAAGCAAACGAGGCAGAGUGAAGGAGUGGCAUCUCAGUCCAGUGAUCUACAGAAGAAAAAUCCUGAAAACUUUGAAAACACGGAUCCCAUAGCAGAAAACCUAACCUCACAACACAACGAGCAGUUAGUGGGCACUGUAGCAAAAAGGUCUAACUCUGAUGUCACCAUGACUGCAGUGAACCAGCAGUCUGGCCUGGACGAAGCUGACCAAGGCUCAGCAAACAAGUCCAAAACUCUGUCUCCAAGGAUGGAUAUGAAGUCUAGUGAGAAGCCACCAGAAGAGAAACUUACGGAAGCAUCAACGCCCAAGGUUGGUACCUUGGAAAGGAGAACCAGAAUAAAAGGUUUGGUCAAGCAGAAGACUGGAGGCAGGAAGGACUUCUUUGACUUUGAGGUCUCAGACUCCGCAAGUCAUGAGAAGGUUGCUGAAGCCAAAGAGAAGGUUUUGGGAAAGAAAAAUUUUUCACAAAAUCAGAGUUAUAGGAAGCAUCUCUUCUCUGAAAGCAAUAAUGAAAAAACAAGCAACAGUGAGAGUGAGAAAAGCUGGAUCCUCAACUCCCAGAAAGAGCCACUGCCAAAAUCUCUCAACUACACCCGAAAAAGGCGCAGAGUAAGAAGAAAAUUAAAAGUACUUCCAGUGUCAUCUCCAAGCAGCAGCAAUGAAAACCAGAUGGAAGAGGGAGCAGCAAGACAAAAAGAUGAAAAGAAAGUGUCAAGGAAAAAACACACAUCCAUCUCUAAGGGUGAUGAUUUACCUACAGUGGAUCUUGCUGGUGACGUGCCAUCAGAGGAGCCUGAAGGCAUAUGGCAGUCAUUGGAUGUGUCUAUGGAGGAGCACUCAGGUGUGGAGGAGGAGGCAACACAGAAGUUUCAGAACGUGUCUGGUGAAGAGACAAGAGAAGAAGAAAGCUUUAAGCGGAAGGACUUGGAUGCAUUAAGUGGCACUGUUGUGAAGAAGCCCAGAUUUUUCAGUUCAGAAACAAAGCACUUGUCCUCCGAGUCACCCUUUAAGCCCAAGAAACUUUCGAACUCAGUUGAGAAGGAAGAGGAGAUCAAAAGAGGUCAGGAAACGGUUGAUGUGAGUACUGCGUUUCUUUCCAAGAUACAGCAUGAAGAUAUUGGUGAUUCAGGAGUGAUUGCUGUAUUUGAAAGUUUUACCAACCAGUUAAAGCAACUGUUUUGGUCCAGGUACAAAGAGAUGGAGAUGUCUGCACAGAACACGCUGAAGACUUCUGAGAAGAAUGUUUCUGCUCUGCUGAAAGAGAUUCACAAGUGCAGACUGAACAAGCUGGAAGCCUUCAAGAAGAUUGUUGUGGAGGAGCUUGCCAACCUUGAGAAAGAUACUCAGAUCUUGAAGAACAUGGAGAAGGAUGCAGUGGACUUCUGGAAUGCACAGCUGCACAAACUGAAUUCUUUCUGCAACCAGCAGAAGCAAAGAAUUCAGUCUGUUGACUCAGCCCUGGGUGAGACAGCUGAGAGUUUUGCCAGUACGCUUGUCAGCACCACACCCAACGUCUCAAUGAAGAGUGCAGAAGAGAAUGGUGUGUUCGUUGUUCCUUCUGACUAGCAGCCCUCUGAUUCACUGGAGUGUUUGAAAAUGCAGAUAAGAUGGUCUUUUGAGGGAGAUGAUAUCUAUUUUAAAUUGAAAGAAAAACGAGGAGAGAGAAAAUAACAUCGAUAAUGAGUUUUUUGUUGUUAUAUUGUUUAAGAAUAGCAUAUGCUGGUUGAGUUGUUCCAUUUUGACCUGUGUCCAAAACGUUGUUCCUGCAAAACUGUAAGAUAGUUGCAUUAAAUACCAAAGAAAUAGA